GUUUAAUCCCGGCGGCCUGUUGACCAUUCGGCAGAUAUUUAAAGAGCGGUCAACAAGCCAACACCACACCAUGUCUUCUUCCCAACAACCAUCCACCUCAGAACAACAACAGCAACAACUCAAACAUCAACAGAACCUCAUCCAACAUUGGGACUUACUCUCCCCCUUGAGCGAUUUGGAGAAACAGUCGAUUCACUCGAUCCAGAAGGCCUCAAACGACAAACCAUUGCCAUCCUCAAUCUCACUCAGAAACCAGUCACUCAACAACCUCAACCACACCCAACUAAGUCCGCCCUCCUCCACCAGGUCCAACUCACCCUCAUCCUCACUACGUCGGCUGAUUAACCACUCCAAGCCACUCGAACACCAUCAACCGAUCUCAUCAAUCGAUCGGUUCAAUGACUGGUUCUCAACCAUCUCCUCACAGAUCGAAGCAGACUCAGAAUCAGCUUACCUCAACCAUCUCUCGGUACUAUCAACCUAUUCUGAGGCAUGCGAUCUACUCGAUCAAGCCAUCGAUGACUGUCGGGCUUGCUUGAACGAGAUCGAGGCCAACUGGAAAUUUGUCAAUGAAAACUCAAAGAGCCUCGAACGAUCCUGUCAGGGAAUGCUAGACGAUCAAAAAGUACUCGGAUCGAUCGCCACAGCCCUUAACGAUCGACUGGCUUACUUUCGGAGGCUCGAUGAGUCCCAGCGCGUUCUGAGUAGACCGGGUGAAGCUGAAAUCGUCAAUAGUCAAGAAUUCUUGCCGAUGAUCGAACGGCUGGACGUCUGCUUAGAGUUCAUGAAAGUUAACCGGCAUUUCAGGGAUGCAGAUUUGUAUCUGGUUCGGUUUCAACAAUGUUUGACGCGAUCGAUGACAUUGAUUAAGUUGUACUACACAAACCAAAUGAAAAAUUUGAGUCGACAGGUGCAAGAAAAGCUCCAGAUCAACCAGCAAUCUUCGUCGAAUCUCAAAAUACAAGACACCUUACUCUACGCCAAAUUUCAAACCCUAUCAGAAGAAUUGCGCCCGUUGAUCUCACAGGUCGAAAAACGAUAUUUGUUUGAUCAAGACGAAUACGGGGCCUUACUGAGCGAGUUCUUCUCCACUUGGGUCUCAGUGAGAAGUCAAUUACUUCACGCUCGAAUCAAAAUCGAAAUCAGUCGCAUUCAGAUCACCCAUCAACAAGUCCCGGAUCUCAUCUCAUUGGCUACGACUGGGUGCAACUAUAUGAGAUCGGUCUGUACUGCCGAAUGGAAUCUUUUUAAGUCUUUUUUCCCGAAAACUGGAGAAGAAGAGCUCUUUGUAUAUCUAGAGUCUCUGUGUGACUAUCUGUACGAUUUAUUGAGACCUCAGAUCCUGCAUGAGCAGAAGCUGUAUCUGCUAUGUGAUUUGGCAACAAUCUCGAAUGCGUUGAUUGCGAUGGACAGUAAUUUGAUAGAAGCAAAUCAAUCUCAAUUCAAGUUUUCUACUCUCCUCAAACCAGUACUUCAAGAUAUCCAAACUAGAUUGGUUUUUCGCGCCCAAUCGAUUAUCCAAUCUGAGGUGGCCAAUUACCUGCCGAAGAGUGAAGAUCUUGACUAUCCUAACAAGCUCAUCCAGGCCGAUCAGAAACGCCAGCAAAGCGGCCAAAAAUCGAAGCGCUUCAACAACCCGCACCCCACCCUUCUCGAUCGUCCUCAUGCACCGCUGAAAUCUAGGCUUCCGGCUGAAGGAGUCCAGGAAAAUUGGUAUCCUACUUUAAGGAAAACAUUGUGGGUCUUAUCAAGGCUGCACACCUAUGUGAAUGAUGCAAUUUUUGAAGAUUUCGCGGGUGAGGCCGUAGGGAUUUGCUCCGAAUCGAUCAUCAAAGCCUCCAACAUGAUGAACUCGGUAGUAACCCAGCAAGCCGGCUCGACAACUCCGGCAAUGAGCUCGAAGAUUCAAGCAAAUUCGAUCGAUCGCGAGUUGUUUGUAAUCCGACAUCUGUUAAUCCUUAAGGAGAUGAUCCGAACCUUGGAUGUUGUCCAGGUCGAACGCGCCGUUGAUCUCGGUCCGAUCACCGACGUCUUGAAGGAGAUCCUCAAUCCGAGCUUUAAAGAUUCACUCAUCUUCAAACCAAUCACGUUGAUGAACAAGUUGAAAAAUCUCAACCACAGUCAGAUCGAGUUUUCAAAACGGAUGGGAUACUCUUCUCAAAAAGACCAGGAUUCCUCAAACCCUGCUGAGCCCAACCUCAGCCUCAAUUUCGAUAUGCUUGAUGCUCAGAUCACUAAAACCAUUGACAGCAAAUCAGAAGUGGAUCUGAAAUUGAAGACUAUCUGUCACCAAUUUAUUAUCAAAUCAUCGGCCUUGAUCUGUUCGAAUUCGCUCGAGCCAUUCUUGACGAAGUGCCAAAACCAUCUAAACUUAGAAGCAUCGAUGGUCCCGCCUUCGUCGGCCGCGGAUCCUCUUGGAGGUGGAGGCGGAGGUGGAAACAGUAACUUGAAUCGCAACUUGGGGGACCAGGAAUGGGCUUCCCAGGAUAACGUGCUCGCCGUCUUUCAGGCUUUCUUGAAGGACUUACAGCUCGGUUUGAACAUCAUCUUCAAUCGGGUCGCGCUCUACUUUCAUGAUGAUGAUCAUCACGAUUUCAAUUUGAUUAAUGUCCUCUUUCCUUCCCUUCAAGAAGAAAUCAUGGAAAAAUAUCGUCGGUUUUAUAGUUUAAUUAAAUUCGAAUUUGAUUUUAACUUUAUCAAUGAUGAUCAAAUUUCCAAGGACAAAGACCAAGAUCCAGAACAAGAAAUUGAUUAUGAGUCACUCAAUCAAGCUCAAUCUCGAGUUCUGGCCCCCUCUCAACUUCAUUCUUUGAUCCAGAAAAUCGUCUAUCGGCAAUCUUCUUCUCUUUGAACUUCCUUCCCUUCCCCUCCUGUUUUCAUGUAUUCAUCUAUUUUUUCUCUCUCUUUGAUUAGAUUUGAGAUUGUUUGAUGUUGGUUGUUGUAGAAUAAUAGGCACUUUUUAUAGAUUAAUGCAAUUCACAGAUUGUCC